UUGCCGAAGCCAAGAUACAAAAAGCCGGCAAUCGAGCAGCAUUUCCCCGGGGAACCGCUGCUUUAACUGGUCCUGCCAUCCACAGAUCUUCGGCAAACAGGCCGUAGGACUGGGGGAAGCUCCAUUUGGCACAAGAAUCAGCGCCUGGCCCUGUCUGCUGUCCAUCCAACUGCCCAUCCAGCUGCGUAUCAUCAUAGCUCUUCAACAUGUCGAAUGGGAGUGCGCAAAACGUCAUUCGCAGGAAGCUCGUCAUUAUUGGAGACGGCGCCUGCGGUAAAACAAGUCUGCUCAGCGUCUUCACACUUGGCUAUUUCCCUACACAUUAUAUCCCAACCGUCUUCGAAAACUACGUAACCGACUGUAGAGUAGAUGGCAAGUCUGUGCAGCUUGCCCUAUGGGAUACGGCCGGUCAAGAGGACUACGAGCGGUUACGGCCCUUGGCUUACUCCAAAGCGCACGUCAUCCUAAUAGGCUUUUCUGUUGAUACACCCGAUUCCCUUGACAAUGUCAAGCACAAGUGGAUCGAAGAGGCUACCCGUCUUUGCGAAGGUGUACCCAUCAUUCUCGUCGGGCUGAAGAAAGAUCUGCGGGAUGAUCCUGUUGCCAUUGAGGAGAUGCGCAAGAAAUCCCAACGAUUCGUUACUGCCCACGAUGGCGAAGGCGUUGCACGAGAAAUUGGAGCCAAGCGAUACCUGGAAUGUUCCAGUUUGAGCGGAGAGGGCGUCGACGAUGUGUUUGAAGCCGCCACCAGAGCUGCUCUUCUUACAUUCGAGAAGGGGGAAAGCACCGGUUGCUGUGUCGUUCUAUAAAACGACAUGCCAACCCGCUCUCAUGAAUCGACCCGAAUUCGGUAUAACUGUCUGGCACAAAGGCAGUGACCAAAUACACAUUACAGGCCCAUAUGUUGCGGAAUGAGAUUAUGACACAAUGUUUGAGUCUUCACAGCUUGCUCUUGCUUGCUUAUCCGAGCACUUAUACUCCAAUCUCAUCUCUAUCGCGAAGUGUGUCAGCAUAUUACACUUUACCAUCUCACAGCAUCUAAACCAGCUUGAUUGGAUACUCUUUGGUGAUACGGCUGAUUCUCAUCAUAUGAGGCAACGCAUAAAAGCAUACAACUAUCCGAGAACAUAAUUUCAACUCCAGAGUUGAGAUGUCUACAUUUUUUUACUUCACUGUUCUUGUUAGCUUUAUCAGUUGGAAAUUUGUCUCUUGUUUUUUUUUUAUCCUGUAUUCUCGCGAUGUUU